AUGAACAAAUCCACUUUAACGCUUGUGUUCUUGUCUCUUGGCUGUCUUGUAUGUGAAGGAGGUAACCUAUGCUGCUCAGAGCCAUGCCAGAACAGAGGUGUUUGCACAGCCCUGGGAUCUGACGCUUAUGAGUGCGACUGCACACGUACCGGCUAUUACGGUCCAAACUGCACCACGCCUGAAUUCCUCACCCGGCUAAAGAUGCUCCUGAAACCUACUCCCAACACAGUCCACUAUCUUCUCACCCACUUCAAGGGCUUCUGGAACAUCAUCAAUAACAUCUCAUUCCUCAGAAAUGCCAUCAUGAAAUAUGUUCUGACAUCUCGCUCCCACAUGAUCGACAGCCCUCCAACCUACAACGCGGAUUACGAUUACAAAAACUGGGAAGCUUAUUCCAACCUUUCCUACUAUACAAGAGCCCUCCCUCCGGUUCCAAACGAUUGCCCAACUCCUAUGGGAGUCAUUGGUAAAAAGGCGCUCCCUGAUGCGAAGCUUCUCGCCGAGACGCUACUGAUGAGGAGAAACUUCAUCCCUGAUCCACAGGGCAGCAACCUUAUGUUUGCAUUCUUCGCGCAGCACUUUACACACCAGUUCUUUAAAACGGACAUGAAGAGAGGCCCUGCCUUCACGCUGGCCAAAGGUCACGGGGUGGACCUCAGCCACAUCUAUGGAGACACCCUGGACAAGCAACACAAACUGAGGCUGUUCAAGGACGGCAAACUGAAACAUCAGAUCUUGGAUGGGGAGAUGUAUCCUCCUACAGUAAAGGACGUGGGCGUUGAGAUGCACUACCCUCCUCAUGUCCCCGACUCUCACCGCUUUGCCGUGGGUCACGAGGCUUUCGGCCUGGUCCCCGGUCUCAUGAUGUACGCCACCAUUUGGCUGCGGGAACACAACCGCGUCUGUGACGUUUUGAAGCAAGUCCACCCUUAUUGGGAUGACGAAAGACUCUUUCAGACCUCGCGGCUCAUUCUGAUAGGAGAAACCAUCAAGAUUGUGAUUGAGGACUACGUGCAGCACCUGAGCGGCUAUAACUUCAAGCUCAAAUUUGAUCCCGAGCUGCUGUUCAGCCAGCGUUUCCAGUACCAGAACCGCAUUGCGUCAGAGUUCAACACCUUGUACCACUGGCACCCGCUGAUGCCCGACUCCUUCCACAUCGAGGACAAAAACUAUAACUACAAACAGUUUGUCUUCAACACCUCGGUAGUGACUGAGCAUGGCAUUGCCAACCUGGUGGAGUCCUUCACCAAGCAGAUAGCUGGACGGGUUGCCGGCGGUCGUAACGUCCCAGCACCGAUUAUGUACGUGUCCGUUAAAUCCAUUGAGGGCAGCAGACAAAUGCGUUACCAGCCUUUGAACGCCUACAGGAAAAGAUUCUCUAUGGCUCCCUACAAGUCUUUUGAGGACUUGACAGGGGAAACAGAAAUGGCAGCAGUGCUCCAAGAGAUGUACGGAGAUGUCGACGCCGUGGAGCUCUACCCGGGUCUACUUGUGGAAAAACCCAGAGCCAAUGCCAUCUUUGGGGAGACCAUGGUGGAGAUGGGGGCUCCUUUCUCACUCAAGGGCUUGAUGGGGAACCCCAUCUGCUCCCCAGAAUACUGGAAGCCCAGCACCUUUGGAGGCAGUGUAGGAUUUGAUAUUGUCAACACGGCAUCUCUGCAGAGGCUCGUGUGUAAUAAUGUGCGGGGCCCCUGCCCAGUGGCCACAUUUCACGUGCCCAACAUUGAAGAUACAGGCUCCAUCGUCAUCAACUCCAGCGCAUCCCCAUCACAAAGUGGUGACAUGAACCCCACAGUUGUUUUGAAAGAAAGGACUAGUGAGCUCUAAAUUUUUUUUUUUUUUUUUUUUUUUGUAUUUGGUUGAACUAAUUAUUUAUUUAUUUAUUUAAAAAAAAAAAAUAUUUAUACUAUUUAUAAUAGAAGAAUAUUUUAUGUUCGCAGACUUUGUAUGGAAAUGUCCAUACUUUUUAUUUAUUAAAGGAGCGUGUAUAAAUUUAUUGUAAAAUGAAAGACCUCAAGAACUGCAACCUGAUACUUGAAAGCUAGUUUACAAUUCCAUCAUAGUUUUUUUUUUUUUUUUUUUUUUUUUGACUGUGUUUUAAGACCGAGAGCUGCUUGUAUGACUUUUCUUCUGUUUUACUGUUCCAUAAUAUAUGUUACGAUCUGGACCACGAGGCUACUGUAGACAGUGAAAUAGUGGCACUUUAAUGUGGCUCACAUGUGAUGUAAAGUAUUUCUCAUCAUUAAAUUAUAUUUCUGAUGUA